AUGGACUGGACGCUGCAACGCCAACACCACGACAUGACGGCGUUCUUUCGCGGCGUCAACUACGUCCCGCCGCCCUUUGACAGCACCUUCCUCGGCCAAAACUAUGAAGGCGAGGACGAGGAGGAUAACUCCUAUGCACCAUCCUCCUCCCCCGACGAGGCCGAUUUUGAGGACGCGGUCGACGGGGAUCACAUGGACGUUGAGGACGACGAAGAAGACGAUGACGCUGAGGACGAGGACGCCGUUGCCUAAACUCUUCUUUCUUUUCCUUCCUUCCUAUGAUUAUUUUUUUAAUUAUUUCCAUUCCGUUGUAUUCCGCAUUUUCUCCUUUUUCAUGAAUAAAAGUUUACUUUUUUACUCCAAAGUUCACUUUUAAUUCUUUUUGUUAAUGUCAAAAGGGGGAAGAUAUCAAGGUUAUGCAUAAAUUGAGGGGGAAUUA